AGUGUGCGGCGGACGCGCGAGCGGCGGAGCGCGGGGGAGAGGCGCCGCUCUGGUUAACUCCUGCUUGCCCGCCGCGGCUGACCCUUCCUCGGAGCAGCCACCAUGAAGCGCGCUCACCCCGAGUACAGCUCCUCGGAUAGCGAGCUGGACGAGACCAUAGAGGUGGAGAAGGAGAGUGCGGACGAGAAUGGAAACUUGAGUUCAGCUCUCGGUUCCAUGUCCCCAACUACGUCUUCCCAGAUCUUGGCCAGGAAAAGACGGAGAGGCAUCAUCGAGAAACGCAGACGAGACCGGAUCAAUAACAGUUUAUCGGAGCUGAGGAGGCUGGUACCCAGCGCCUUUGAGAAACAGGGCUCUGCUAAGCUGGAGAAAGCCGAGAUCCUGCAGAUGACGGUGGAUCAUCUGAAAAUGCUGCACACCGCAGGAGGGAAAGGCUAUUUCGACGCGCACGCCCUGGCCAUGGACUAUCGGAGUUUGGGGUUCCGGGAAUGCCUGGCGGAAGUUGCCCGCUACCUGAGCAUCAUCGAGGGACUGGACGCCUCGGACCCGCUCCGCGUGCGCCUCGUCUCGCACCUCAACAACUACGCCUCGCAGCGGGAAGCCGCCAGCGGCGCCCACGCCAGCCUCGGACACCUUCCUUGGGGGAGCGCCUUUGGACCUCACCCGCACCUCGCACACCCGCUGCUGCUGCCCCAGAACGGCCCCGGGAACUCGGGCGCCGCCGCCUCGCCCACGGAACCGCCCCACCAGGGCAGGUUGUCCUCUGCGCAUCCCGAGGCGCCCGCCCUGCGCGCACCCCCUAGCGGCGGCCUUGGACCGGUGCUGCCCGUGGUCACCUCCGCCUCCAAGCUCUCGCCACCUCUGCUGUCCUCCGUGGCUUCGCUGUCGGCCUUCCCCUUCUCCUUUGGUUCCUUCCACUUGCUGGCUCCCAACGCACUGAGUCCUUCGGCACCCACGCAGGCUGCAAACCUUGGCAAGCCCUAUAGACCUUGGGGGACGGAGAUCGGAGCUUUCUAAAGGACUGAUGCUGUAGAAGGAGGGAGGGGAGCGCUUAAGAGCCCAGCUGAGCUGGACUGUUGCCAACACCACCUUAAAGUCGUCAGUAGAAGUAAAAAGGAAGAAGGUACACUUUCACAUGAAUUUUUUUUAAAGACUCAAGGUUUGUUGGUUUACUUUUUGCUUUUUGAUUUUUUUAAAUCAUGUCAUGCAUUAGCAGUUCUGACAAACUAGUUGUUACAUUUUGUUUAAGACAGUACAAUCAACACCUUGGGAUAGGUUUGUCCUGUGCCUGACUUAUCUUGUAAACCUAUCUGUGCGAGAAUGAUUCCGUUGUGGCCCCAACAUUUUGGGAAUCUUAGCGUUUAGUAUUUUGAGGGUCUGUUUUGCUCCUUGUAAAGUUAUGGUCUGUUUUUAGAAUUAAUUUUCCCAACUCAUGAUCUCAUUGUUAACAUGGUUCCAUUUGUGAGUAUUUUGAAAGAUUAAGGUGUUGUAUAAAAAAUAUUCUUUCUUUUUGGUGGGCAAGGGGGGGUUCUAUUGAAUUUUAUAUUUCUGAACAAAGCGUUGACAAAUCAGAUGAUAGCUUUAACCAGGAAGGAGGAUCAGUUUAGCUCUGUCCCUGUGCAGCCUCUGAGGGGCUCUGAAUCUGUGUGUCCAGCUGCUCUUCCGGCGAGGACACCUGCAGCUCUGGCUUAGCUGAGAGAGCGAGCCACUGGAAGGCCGAGUCUCCAUCUGGAGUGUUACUGGGGAGGAGAACGAAGACGACCACAUAGAAUAUGACUGUGUUUGCCAGCCCCAAGCCAUACAAUGAAUUUUGAAUCCCACGGCUCUCAGAUUGAGACACGUCAGCAAGGAUACAUGAUUCUGGCGUGUUGGUGGUCAGUUGAAUAGUCCAGUGGAGCCGGUGCAACAUAUAACCUGAUUUCACUGGCACUGCCGUAUUCAUGUUUAACUGGAAACCUGCAUCUCAUGUUUUCCUCUCGAUGCAUGAAAAUACAUUGAAAUAUGGAAAGGGCUGUGCUGCCUUCUCCUCUUGGGUUUAUUUGAUUUGUUUUGGGCUGUGAAAGCGGCAUUUUAUGGCAUUUUACAGAGUUGCUCCCUCAGCAGGUGUAGCAUCAGUGACCUCCACUGAACUGAAUUUGACCUCUGUUGUACUGAUUGUUGUGACUCAAUAAAAAAGAACAAAG